AUGUCGUUGUGCUCUGAGGGCCACGAUGUUCCUUACAUCAUUCAACAAAGACGCGAUGCCAAACUUCCUCCCAUGCGUAAGCGUAUCAUCAUCUGCUGCGAUGGAACAUGGCAAUCUGCAGUGUCUGGGAAACGGAAUGUACCAUCGAACGUGACGCGUCUCUGUCGCGCUAUGAACAGUAUCGGAACAGACGACGACGGCAACCAAUGGCAACAAUUAGUCUGGUAUGAUUCUGGUAUCGGAACAACCUCUCUGGCCUUGGGUGAGAAAAUCCAGGGCGCGAUCGGCCAGGGGCUGGAAGGCAAUAUUGUGGAAGCAUACAACUUCUGCGUCCUAAAUUAUAACCCCGGAGAUCAGAUUAUGUGUUUCGGUUUUUCAAGAGGCGCAUUCACAGCUCGCGCUAUCGCUGGACUUAUCUCGGACAUUGGAAUUUGCAACAAGCAUGAUUUGAAUCGCUUUCCGGAUCUCUGGAAGGUUUAUAAGAAGAAUAAGCCGGGCGAGAGAUUUUAUUGCAGCGACCUCUGGUUCGAGUGGAUGGAAGGCAAGGCCGAUGAGAAGCAGGGCGCGAAAGGCGACGAGUUCAAAUUUUCGAGACUCGGGCAAGGUGAUUGGGCCCAGGAGGGGUCAAGGAAUGUUGAGGUGGUUGGAGUCUAUGACACUGUUGGCAGCAUUGGAAUGCCAGCACUCUUUGGGAUGAAGCUUCCCAAGUGGCUCACGUGGUGGUCUGAUCAGAGUGGGUGGGAAAACGUUGAUCUUUCAGCCAACAUCAAACAUGCGUACCAGGCUCUAGCUCUUGACGAGCACCGAGACUCAUUCUCACCUACCUUGUGGUACUUGCCCAACUAUGGAGAAGUGAGUUCCGAACAAGUUGCAGAUCAAAAGAAAGUGGUAGAGAAGAAAGCGCAGGAAUGGAAAGACAUUUUGGAAGAGGCCACCAAGCUCAAAAAAAGCGGCAAGGCCAGCGACGAGGAUAUCAAUAGCGCAGCGCGCCAUCUCAACAGAACCGCCAAACUCAUCAACGAGGAGGCUAGGAAAUUGGUCAAAAUGGAGGAUGACUGCAGACACCGAAACCAUCCCCGAACUUUGAGACAAGUGUGGUUCCCCGGUUAUCACGUCAAUAUCGGAGGCGGCUCGGACGACAGCCUCCGGAAUGAGGGUGACAUGGAAGAAAUGUCCAGUAUCACUUUCGCUUGGAUGCUUGAUCAGAUCAAACCCCACCUCUCGCUUGACGAAGAGUACCUUGUCAAAGAAAGAACCGACAUGGAAUUCUACAUUUCCGAACUUGGCGAAAGUAUGGAACAGAAAGAGAAAUCCUGGGCUCAGAAGACUUGGGCAACCCUGAAGAGCCCAUUCCAAGCCGCAGUCCCAACAGCAAUCAAAGAACGUCGUUAUGGUUGGGGCACCGGCGAGCUUGCAGAUAGUUUCACACCAUUCUUCUACCUCAAUGGAUCCAAGAGACGUACUCCGGGCUAUGAUUAUCGCGACCCCGGUGGAAAUCUGCUUGCCGACACCUGUGAAUAUGUCCACCCAGUAGUGGGAUUCCGAAAGCAAGCGAUGUCAACGUACACACCUCUCGGGAAGGGUUCCAAAUACGAGCGUCGCAAAGCAGUCAGCCAGACUGGCUGCCCAUCGUUUGAAUAUACGCUGGGUAACUCGCGUAAAUCGUUGCCUGAAUGGCCCUUGGGUGGAUUGGACUCCUAUGAGAGAUUGUUCAUCGCUAGCAAGGCUGCAUACGAUUAUGUCGAUGAGUUGGAUCUUCAUUUGAAGACUGGGAUCAAGACACCACGCCGAUCCGUAUGGGGUAUUCGAGAUAUUGAUCUUGGAAUUCAGUUACUUACAGUCAACGCACCAAAUGGUGAGCGUUCUGAACAGAAUGCUUCCGGUUCAAAUGCCCCAGAGGCUCAAUUGAAGGGCCUCGAGGCCAAACGUGCAGAAUGGACUGCCACAGAGACGGCAAUUGAUGAGCAAGUUAUUCACGUGUGA